AACGCUUUAUAUUUAAUUUUCUGCACAGACAAAAUACGCGAAAGUGCGUCCGUGAAAUUGUGAGCAUGACUGUAAGGAAACGUCAUCUCCCCGCGCCACGUCUGGUCUGUCACUCAAGCAAGGGGACUAGUGAAAAAAACUACAUGUGAACAUUUUUGACACCGAGUAUGAGUUUGUGGUGAAACAACGCACAGUGGAAACAUGUCUGGGGCUUUAUCGCGCUGUGUCUGCAGGGUUUUAUCCCGACACACCGCUCCGUCACGCUUUCUGUUGGGAGAGCAUCAUGCUGUACAGAGUCCUUGGUUUGCACCAGUGAUGACACUGAAGACAUCUGCUCCGCUGAGAGCGGAGCCGAGAAAGAAAAAGAAAGUGGACCCAAAAAGGGAACAGCAGGUAAGAGAAAGGAUGAAAAAGAAGCUCAGGAGGCUGGAGAAGGUUCCACCUGAGCUCAUCCCCAUAGAGGACAUUUCCACUCCGGCCAAAUGCUUGGAUAAAACAAGGCAACGUUCUCUACCAAACCUGUCAUUUGACGAAAGUGAGGGUCGAGCCCUGCUGCUUAAAGAGUGGUCUCUAUACAAACAGGAGCAGCACAUGGCUGAAGUAAAGGCUAUUGAACUUGCACUAAAGGCACAGCAGGAGGCGCUGGAGGAGCUCAAGCUAGAGUCUGAGGAGCUGUACAAGGCAGCACUGAAGCCAGACCCUCUUCUGUUUCCCUUCAGUCAUGAAGGCCCAGCCUACACACCGCCAAAGCCCCAAUAUGAUGCUCCUGAUGGGAAAUACACUGACAUCACUAAAGUUUACACCCAGUGAUGGACAGGGAACAGCUGUGGGCGCAGCCUGAGUGUACUGUCAUGCAUUUAGUGUUUGUAUGUAAGUCAAAGAUGCAGCCUUUCUAGUUGGUGUGAAGGACAAUUUUGCAAAUAUGCUUUUUUUUCUUUUCUGAAUUGUACAGUCAUCUCCAGUGUUUCAUGUUUGUAUCAAAUGCAACAACAUUCAUGGAAAUUCUGCAUGGUUUUUUCCUCCCUUCACAUCUCCUGUAUGAAACAUCACAGAGGAAAGCGAAAAAUAAAAAUGUACUUUUUUAUUGACACAAUA